AUGUCAAUAAGCAACCAGGAGCUACUGAAAAGUUUAAAGAGAUCAGUGAUGCGUAUGAGGCAGAUGAAGAUAUGUAAUACAUCACUAGGAAAGCAGAGGCAGCUCAAUACUGAUAAAUACAUGAAUGGUGGUUAUUUCCAAGCUCUUCAUAAGCUUUUUCUGUUGUUGUGGUUAACAGGUACAACAAGGAGUAUCCAUGAGCUAGCUGCUACAUCAGAGCACUUGCUUCUUGGUUUACAUCUUUUGAAAACACCGAGUCUCAGGCACGCGAUGCUUCUCAUGUCCCAAGCUUUGUAG